AUGAGUGGGUACACCAUGUUGCGGAAUGGGGGUUUUGGGAACGGAGGUCAACCAUGGAUGCUCCGGUGGUCCAGUCGAAUUAGACUUUCCUGGCUCAGCUUCACACUGUUCAUCAUCCUGGUUUUCUUCCCUCUCAUUGCCCAUUAUUAUCUCACCACCAUCGAUGAUGAUAACAAUCGAAGCAAACCACUCUUUGUUCCACGGACAGGCAAUGAACUUUGCGAAGUGAAGCAUGUUCAGGAUCUGUGUCGGAUCCGAGAGUCCGUUAGUGAAGAGCUCCUGCAGUUGGAAGCCAAGAGGCAGGAGCUCAACAGUGAGAUCGCUAAGUUGAACUUAAAAAUAGAAGCAUGCAAAAAGAGUAUAGAGAACGCAAAGCAGGACCUACUUCAGCUCAAGAAUGUCAUCAGUCAAACGGAGCAUUCGUAUAAAGAACUGAUGGCACAAAAUCAGCCAAAGCUUUCAUUGCCAAUCCGGCUGUUGCCAGAUAAAGACGAUGUUAACUUACCUUUGCCAAAGUCCAAAAGGAACUGCCGGCUGUAUAACUGUUUUGAUUACUCGAGGUGUCCCCUUACUUCGGGUUUUCCUGUUUAUGUGUACAAUGGAGAUCAGUACCCUUUUGGCAACUUAAUAGAUCCAUUGAUCAAACAAGCCUUGGAGGCCAGUGUCAGAACUAAUGCAUACGUGACUGAAAAUGCAAAUAUUGCUUGUAUAUAUGUAGUUUUAUUGGGAGAAAUGCAGGAAUCCUUAAUGCCAAAACCUACUGACCUAGAGCAACAGUUGCACUCUUUGCCAUAUUGGAGGACUGAUGGCCACAAUCACCUUAUUAUUAACUUGUCUAGGAAAUCUGAGACCCAAAACUAUCUUUAUAAUGUCAGCACAGGACGUGCCAUGAUUGCUCAGUCCACCUUUUAUGAUUUACAGUAUCGGCCGGGGUUUGACAUCAUUACAACGCCAUUAGUCCACGCAAUGUCCGAACCCAACUUCCUAGAGAUUCCCACACAGGUGCCAGUUAAGCGGAAGUAUCUUUUCAGUUUCCAAGGAGAGAAGAUCGAAUCUUUGCGUUCAAGUCUGCAAGAGGCCCGAUCAUUUGAAGAGGAAAUUGAAGGUAAUGCACCAGCUGACUAUGAUGACCGCAUCAUCACCACUCUUAAGGCUGUCCAGGACAGUAAAUUAGACUUUGUUAUGGUUGAGUUUACGUGUAAAAACCAGCCCAAAGCAAGCCUGCCCACCGAGUGGGCCCUAUGUGGAGGAAGGGAAGACAGGUUAGAGCUACUGAAGCAAUCCACAUUUGCACUUCUCAUUACCCCAGGAGAUUCCCAGCUCGUCAUAUCCGCUGGCAGUGCCAUGCGACUGUUUGAGGCUCUUGAAGUAGGAGCCAUCCCAGUCAUUUUUGGAGAGCAGAUCCAGUUACCCUACCAUGACAUGAUACGGUGGAAUGAGGCAGUGUUAAUCAUACCAAAACCACGUAUCACCGAGGUACAUUUUCUUUUGAGAAGCAUUUCUGAUAACGAUCUCCUUGCCAUGAGAAGGCAAGGGCGUUUCCUGUGGGAGACCUACUUUUCUACAUCCGAUACAGUUUUUAACACCAUCCUGGCAACUCUAAGGACUCGUAUCCAAAUUCCAGCAGCUCCUAUCAGGGAGGAACCAGCUGUGGAAAUUCCUCAUCGCUCGGGAAAAGCUGCUGGUACAGACCCAAACAUGGCAGACAAUGGAGACUUGGAUUUGGGACCAGUUGAAACCGAACCACCAUACGCCUCUCCUAAAUACCUGCGUAACUUCACUUUGACUGCAACCGAUAUUUACCGUAACUGGAAUUCGGCCCCGGGCCCUUUUCAUCUAUUUCCACAUACACCUUUUGAUCCUGUCUUGCCCUCUGAAGCAAAGUUCCUGGGAUCUGGUACUGGGUUCCGUCCAAUAGGUGGUGGGGCCGGUGGAUCUGGAAAAGAGUUUCAGGCUGCUCUUGGCGGAAAUGUCCCAAGGGAACAGUUCACUGUGGUUAUGUUAACUUACGAGCGAGAGGAAGUAUUGAUGAACUCCUUGGAGAGGUUAAAUGGACUCCCUUAUUUAAACAAAGUUGUCGUAGUUUGGAAUUCUCCCAAGUUACCGUCAGAGGACCUCUUAUGGCCAGACAUUGGUGUGCCUAUAGUGGUAAGUUAUUUAAAGAUGCAUGUUUUUUUCUGUGAAAAAUGUUUUGUUUAA